UUUGAACUUUCUUUUCGUACAACACGGUUAUUAUUUGGUACUUGAACUUUUUUUUGUGUAACUUACAUCUUACCAAUGCUGAAAGCUAGUAGGCACUUCGAAGGGGUUUUUCUGAGAAUCUUGGCAGAAUUAACAUCUGCGGAGAGGUCGGAUUUCUGUUAUUUAUACUGCCGAAAACGUCCGCCCACACCACCAAUACCACCGAAUGAAGAAGAAAUGCUGCUGUUGUUUCAUGAGCUAAAAGAUGAGAACAUGAUUUCAUCCAGCAAUGUGUCCUUCCUGAUAGAAUUUACGGACACCAUUCUUCGAUAUGACCUGACAAAUAUUCUACUGGAGUAUAAAUCAGAAGUUGAAGUUGGCACUAUCCUCGAAGAGUAUGUCGAUUUCCGAGACGAAAAUCCACUCAACGUCGACUCUCUAGAAAUGUCCCCAACACAGAUCGUAUCCAAACAUUUGUCCCGAAAAUUUAGAGACUGUUCAGAGCCGCUAACAAAGAUUGUCAGACUUUCGAAAGACACAAGCUUUCAAGACGAUCUAAGGCUAUCAAUCGAUGAGAUGACCCGGGAAGGGAACGAGUUGUGUUGGUCGUCCAUCCUCCAGAUUCUGGGAUUCAGCUCGGAGUUGGCGUACAGACGAAUGUGUUUAUUUCCUGGACCGUCUAAGUUUCACCGAUUGCUUUCAGACAUUGACGACGUUCGCCUGGUAUUACAAGAAUUUAAGAUUCUGUCGUGGAUGGCUCAAAACGGAGGCGCUGCUGGUUGUGUUAAAUUCAUAAAAAAGCAAGAUCCAGCAGAAAUGGCUAGGCAGAAAGAAACAAGAAUCCUCAUUUCACAAAUUGCUGAACAGUACACCACUCUUUAGUCAAACAACCUACUUUCUAAUAGUUUAGGCUCCCUCUUCCUCACCAAAAAAAAUGAGAAAUCAAAUUGAGAAAAAAAAAGAAAAGAGAAAAACAAACCAAAAAAAAGAAAAAUGAAAAGAGCAAAGCAAAAAAAAAAGUUGUCAGAACUAAAAAAAACCCUGUCACAUGCAAUACAAAAAAACCUGAACAUUGCAUGAAGACAGGAGGAAAAAAUAUAUUGGAGAACAAAGCAACACUAAAGAAAAAAAGAAAUCAAGAAAAACUCAAAAGCAAAGCAAAAAAAAAAGUUGUCCAUGAAAACAAAAAAAAAUUAUCAGAACAAAAAAACCUGUCACAUGUAAUACAAAAAAACUGACUUUACAAGAAUUGAGAAUUCAAGAACUCAGUUCAUACACACUAGUCAGAACAUUGCAUGGAGACAGAAAAAAAAAAACAUUGGAGAACAAAGCAACACCAAAGAAAAAACUCAAGAAAUCAAGGAAAACUCAAAACUUCUUUAGAAGUAUCAAAAGAAACAUGAAAACAAGUUACUGGUCAAGUUACGAAAACAAAAAUCCAAAAGUACCAAAAAGAAAAACAUGUAAAAAAGAGUGGAGGGGGAGCUUUUUAGUCUUAUUUUUUAGCAUAUGAAUGUUGUUGUAAUGGAAUAGUAUUUCCACAUUUUCUUUAUUGUAUGAUAUAGCUUAGAUGUAAAUGUAUGCAUUUUUGAAUAAAACAGAAAAAGGCUGUUUCUUAAUAAA